AUGAAACUCUCCAAUCUAUUUGCUUGUUUUUUAGCAGCUCCCUCUCCCAAUACACUCACUGCCAAGAAACAUCCAGCCAUUGCCAUAAAACCUGUCACUUCCAAAACAGAUCCCUUUCAACAACAACAACAUCAACAUGGAAGUGAUGACAGCUCGAUGAUUCCCAACGUGGAUGGUGGUUCUACAACAAAUUCCCGUUCGAGUAGUAGUAGUCAAAAUUUCAAAAAGACUCGAUCUUGGAGGUUUUCAUUCCGGAGGAGAAUCUCAACUUCUCCUUCUUCCGAUGAUGCUCCAAAAUGUCAAUAUGGAUCUUGUGAACAUCAUGGUGAUCAUCAUCACAUCGAUGUGGCAGCCACUGAUUCCAAUUUCCAACAACAACAACAACAUCCUCUUCAAAUGAUCUCCUCGAAAAGUACAAAAUCUCUUCCAACUGUCUCGAAUAAGAGUCGAAGUCGAGCAAAGAGUAAAUCGACAGGAUCCUUAAUGAGCACCACCAACAUCACUAACACUGUCACUGCCACUACUACCAACACUACCAACAUGCCCUACAAACCCAAUGUCGUGAUUGUCCCUGCACUUUUACAACAACCACAACAAAUUUCACAUCACUUGUCUCAACAACAUUCUAAAAAGAGACCUCCCAAACAGAGUUUCAAAUCGACAGGUAGCAUUUCACACAAGAGUGCCAAACUCAAUCUCACACUCUCGACGAUACCUCCACUUGCUGUUCAACCAGCCAAUCGAAGACGACCGCCUGGUCAAAGUCAAUUCACUUUUGAGGAACAUACUUCACAACACUUUUCGAAACGACAUGUGAAUGAAACAUUUAUGGAUUGGAUACAAACAACGCCCUAUUUUGCAAAGAUUGAGGAAAAUUUGAAAAAGAAAUAA